GUACACAUCCCUUGGCCCAAUCCACCAUGACCACACCACCAGAGGCCGGCCCCAGCAGCGGGCUCACGCUAGAAGAGCGUAAAGCGCGUGCGAUUCACCUACCCGACAUUCCAAAAGAGGAUAUCGUCAUACCCGGUUUGCUGUUUGCGCUCGGGGCGAUGACUGGGUGUAUCCGCGGUGGGCGGAUGGCCGGCCUGCGAUUCGCAGCAGAAAACACACACCGGGCACCAACGACGAUGGAGGGGUGGUAUUUCUACCAGAAGACGAAGAACUACAGGGUCAUCCUUGGGAGCAUCAAGGGCGGCGCGUGGCGUGGGCUGCAGCUGGGCGGUCUGGGAUGUCUGUACGUUGGUUGGCGGGAUGUGGGCCAGUACGCCGGUAUGAAGGAGUGGGCGGACAUCCUCGCGGGUGUGGGGAGCGGUGUGGUUGUCAGUGCUGUUUAUCGAAUGCCUCGGCGGCAAGUUUACCAAAUGAUGGUGCUGGGUGCUGGGUUUGGGCUUACGACGUCGCUGGGUCGUAAGUUUCAAGUGUGGAUGAAGGAACAUGUGGGAGAAGUGAAGUGAAGGGAUGAUAAUAACAAUUGG